AUCUGAUCGUCCCUGAACGUGUUUGUUAUUGUGUUUGUGUUUGUAUAUCCGCGGGCAGAAAGCGAGGGUCAAGCUUCUUAAUCUCGGCCUCGAUUGAUAUCGGUCGGUCGUCUCAAUCUCAGCCAGUCAGGCUAUGGACCAGCUUCAACAGCAGCAGCAGGUCCCGGAAAGCGCCGUCUUCCGCACCGUCUUCUCCUAUGUUCUGCUGAUCCUGUUCGUGCCCGUGGCCGCCUUUUUCGCGUCCAAGAGCUUGCUGUUCCAGCUUGUGCUGGGCCUGGACGCUUCGACGAGCACGCUGUACGCGGCCGGCGUGGCCGUCGUCGCCGUGCACGCCUCGCUGGGCCUGUACGUCGUGCGCGCCUUCCGCGAGCCGGAGAAGGGCGGCAAGCGUGACUAGCAUGGCGGCCGCGUUCGAGCCCGACCUGCUCGGCUGCCGCGUCCGUCUGGCGGCCGAGGAGGGCCACUACUGCGGCACGGUGCACGCGGUGGGCGCGCGUGACGGCUCCGUCACCCUGCUGGGCGUCACGUUCGGCGACGGCGAGCAG